AUGGGUGGUGCAGCACUAUGCUGCGACUCUGAAGUGAAUUGUCCUUGCAUUUGCGGCACUUGCUUUCGCGACACUAUUAUCGAAAAUUGCAGACAAACCAAAUUCAACCAAAAAAAGGCUGAAUUAACUCAAGAGUAUAUAUACCCAAUAUAGCAAAUGGAAACCCCUCUUCUUAUAAUUAACAUAAAAGAGAGCCCAUAAAGAUGAGUUUCUAAUUUAAAUAAAUGGGAAUAUUCCCCAAAGAACGUUAUAAGCAAGCCACUCUUGAUAAGUGGUUACAAAAGCCCAAAGAUGUUAAGCCUUCGCCUGAGAAAAUCAUUUCUAAUCCAAUUCAAGAUUAA